UAAUCAUUGCUGUUAUCUAAUGUAGUUCAGAACAAGAUGCACUGCCUGAGCCGGACCCCGAGGUCGUACCUGGUCAACACUUACAGCGACGUAACAGAAGUUGACGAGAGCAAAAGGGAAUCAUAUGAAGCCACCUGGUUAGACCUGGUCAUGGAGACAAGACCAGAGUACAAAAAUACACUCACUGAGAAAGACUCAUCACGAAAGGAGUCUUACAAACGAAAGGGCGUGCGUCAUUUUGUUGUGCGAAGGUUCCUCAAUCAGACCUUUUGUACUGGUGAAGAUGGAACAAAACUGCGUGAGUAUCAGCUACCGUUUAAAACUACGCUUCCACUACAGAUCUUUGUGCCCAGGAAACUCUGCACUUCACCAGAGACAAACAGAGAGACGUCGCCUUCCUUUUUGCGCUCGGACAGAGACUCUGAGAAGAGUGAGAGCCGGAAGAAAGUGAUGUGGUCCGGUGUGGAAGAUGCUACACAACCGGAGAGGACAGAGUUCACAGUGCGCACACUCGUGUCACCAGCGUGGCACAGGGCACGUGAUUUCCAGAGAACAUAAAGAGUACUGUAAAUGCAGUAAUCACUACCCAUAGUGCAAUACACAGAGUGUGAUCAAUAUUCUUAUUUAUUUUACAGCAGCACUGUUGAAUCCUCGACUUUGAUUAACUGAUUAAUUUUCUACAACAGCAGCUUUAUAUUAUAUUAUAUUAUAUUAUAUUAUAUUAUAUUAUAUAUUAUACAAUUAUAUCAUAUCAUUUCUAUAGUAACUUAUACAGAGACGUGUGUGAUGGAGGUUCCAAAAUAAUUGAUAAAAAAGUUUAAUGAACCAAAAUGAACAGAGGUAUUGUUACUUGGCAAAGAAGGAUCAUAGAUAUAGUGAAGUUUUCUGUAAGGGGAAACAAGGAAGGAGUCUCUAGAUUCAGGGCUUUGUAAUAGUCAUUAAGAGAGAUUAAAAACAAAGAGGUUAGAGAAUGAUGAUUUAUAGCUGGGAUAACGUAAGUGAUAACAGGAAUCUCUUUAACAAAUCGCUGUGGUAUAACAAUAAAACAUUUAGGACAAGCUGUUAAAUCAGAUGCAUGUCAGCAUCUAUCAUAGUAUCCCAUCAUUGAUUAUUUUAACAGCAACCCCAAUUUUAUUUAUUAUGGGAACUUUUUAUAAGGGACCUAUUACAAAAUUAUAUAAAAUUAUACAAUAAUUUACUUUUUUAUUAACUCUUUUACGUUUUUGACCAAAUGAAAUGAUCUACAGAUGUACUAUUACAUAUUUCUUUUAAUUACAAAAUAAGACUGCUGUUGUAAGUGGAAGUAUGUUGUAUGUGUGUCUUAUUUAUUUUAAAGAAUAUAGAUAUGUUACAAUGCAGUUUGUUUGUGUUAGGAUUAAUUGUCUUUCUGUAGACACAAAGACCAUCAUUCAGCAAGUCUGCAUGGAAAUGGUGGAUAAGAACACUUUGGUUGUUUCCAUCAAACAUAUAGAAUAAAUGCAAUAAUCUCUACCUAUAGUGCACUACACUGAGUGUUGACAAUAUUUUUAUAUCGUCUGCAGCACGACUUGAAUUCUCGAUUUUGAUUAACUGAUAAUUGUUUACAACAGCAGAUCUAGAUGGAUGGAUAGAUAGAACUUUAUUGUCAUUACAAAGUACAGGUACACAGCAACAAAAUGCAGUGUGGCAUCUACCAGAACUAUAUAACAUAUAUAGGUAUAUAUGUAAACAUAUGUACAGCACUAUUAUAUAUAUAGACGUAUAGUACGUGUGUGUGUAAACAUGUACAGUGAAUAAAUAUAAAGGCUAUAGCAGGGCAGAGAUGUGUGGACAUUGUUAAAAAGUACAAGUAAAUAGUUAUAAGGCUGUGGGAUUGAAAUUACUGUAAAAUGUGCAGACACUGUUGUAAAGGAACAACAAGCAAUAUUAUAACAAAUAAUAUUAAUGCACAAGGAUUCAUCAAGGAUUGGCAGGAUGAAGGAACAGGGUUCUCACUAACACCUGACCAGACAUUUCCGCCCCAAAUAUUCUUCUCUAUGUUCUUCUCUGUGUCGUGUUUAAUUCUGAACCACUGCUGAACUGCACUGUUUAUUUAUAGUCGGGAUUCAGGCAUACACUGCCAUCUAGUGGAAGAUUAUUUUUGUUAUAAAC